UCCAGAUCGAUCGAUCCCUGGGUAUGUCGGCAGAAGACGAGCAAGAGCUCAAACUUCUUGCCGAUUGGGAACAAGAAGACGAUCUGCAGGAGCUCCGAAACGACGUGCGCAAGGUGUGCGAGUUCUUUGUUGAUCAACUGCACGACCAGAGCUCACUGCUGACGCAAUACGAGCGGACUUUCGAUGCGCAGCAUGAUUCGUGGGACGCACUUUCCCGUCGCCAUGCCAAACUUGGCUGGUUGGAGCUCCACCGCCACCUGCUCUGGCUUAAGGAUGAGCACGUCGAGGCAACCGCGGAUGUGCAGCGAAAACUCUCGCAGAUCCGCGCCGCGCAGUCAUGGUCCCCCUUGGACGAAGCAUCCAUGGACUCGUUUCCUUCCAUCGAUGCCAUCGUUCGAGUACUGGACAAGCUCGAGCUUCGCAUACUCCAUCGGUUUUACAGCGGCAAUACGCGCACCAUGAAGCACGACUUGUACCCCCAGCACGAAGACGUUGCCGUGUGGUCUGGCUUUUACUUUGGCAUGCACUUUGGGAUGAUGGUCGUGCUGUUCGUGUGGGUUAUAUGGGAUAGCGUCAUCGACGACUCCAAGCACCACAACCUGUGGGAGUCGUCCGUCAUGGCCGUGUACCGCGCCAUCGGUGUACUCGUGCUGCUGCUGUGGUGCUGGUGUGUCCAAGUGUACGUGUUCACGAGGUUUGGCAUCCCAUUUGUGGCCAUCUUCGACUGGAAACCCACAAAGUCGGUGCAGUUUGUGUCGCUGGUCCGCCACGCCGUCAGCGUCACGAUCGCCUACCUCGUCAACCUCCUCCUGUACUACAAGGCGUUGCGGGGCGACCUGCCCACCCUCGUGCCGCCUUGCGUGUUUCCCCUGCUGCUGUAUCUGUUUUUGCUCAUAAAGUUAGUGUACCCGUUCAAGCAACGCCGGUCCCUGCUCACGACCAUGUGGAGGGUCGUAGCAUCUCCGUGGUCGAUUGUGCGCUUUCGCGAAGCCUACGUCGGCGAUAUCUUUACGAGCCUCGUGCGGGUCUUUGUGGAUUUGGCGUGGUCGAGUUGCUAUUUCUUUUCCGGGGCGUUCGUGGAACCCAGCCCAACGGGCCUCGACGUGUGCACUCAGAGCCCGACGUUCCAUUGGAUGGCCGUGCCCCUGUUGUCAGCUCUGCCACUGUGGUGGCGCUUCUGCCAAAACAUCCGCAAGUACAGGGAAACUCACCGCCGGUUCCCGUACAUUCCCAACGCCAUGAAGUACGCGUGUGCGCAGUCGGUCGUGCUUUUUGCCGUGUUCCACCCCCACUGGAAGCACCCCGACGACGACCACAUGACAACGUACCAGUGGUGCUAUCUGGCCGCUUGUGGCGUCACCACCACGUACCAGUAUGCGUGGGAUGUAUAUAUGGAUUGGGGGCUGGGGGGCCAGCAGGGCUUCCUUCGACCUCGUCGACUGUACCCCACAUGGACGUACUAUGUAGCGAUGGUGGUCGACUGUGUUUUGCGGUUUGGGUGGACCUUGACGUUGAUUCCAGCCAAGGGGUAUGGCCCAUUUCCAAGCAACGUCCAAGUGUACUUGGAUCCGAUUUUAGCGUCUGCUGAAGUACUUCGACGGAGCAUGUGGGGGUUGUUUCGCGUCGAAUACGAGCACACAAUCCACUUAUCAUGGACCGGCAAGACGAGUUUCGUGGAAGAGGACGCCUCGACGGCCGACGACGACGACGACGACAGUGAGGACGACGACGAGGGAGAUGCAACGUAUUCGUGCUGGGUACUCGUCGAGAUUUUAGUCGUGGUGACGCUAGUCCUGGUCGUGGCUGCCGUCGCAAUCCUCACUCGAUAGAUGAUCUCGUCAACAGUAGAAACAUCGACAAGUUACUGUUCUAGUAAGAUUCUUCAUAUACUCGACGCGCUGGCUGUAAUUUUGUCCAUUUCACGCACGACCACCUACAAUUGUCAUGUGUGACGCUGUCAAGGUGAGGUUGCCCUACUUCUGCGGCAAUGUCGCUGGC